AUGCUCGAUCUAGGGAGUGAGUUAAAAGCGGAUCUUCUUCUUCGCCACGAUGUAUCCCUGCUAAUCCGUCCAGACGCGGAAACCAUCCGCAUCCUCGUCUCAACCGACAACCAUGUCGGCUACAAUGAACGUGAUCCCAUCCGAGGCGAUGACAGCUGGAAAAGUUUCCACGAGGUGAUGUGCCUAGCCAAAGAGCAAGAUGUGGACAUGGUACUCCUAGCUGGUGAUCUGUUCCAUGAGAACAAGCCCUCGCGAAAAUCCAUGUAUCAAGUGAUGCGUUCGAUUCGCAUGAACUGCCUGGGAGACAAGCCGUGCGAGAUUGAAAUGCUCAGCGACGCGAGCGAGAACUUCCAAGGAGCCUUCAACCACGUCAACUAUGAGGAUCUGGAUAUCAACGUGGCGAUUCCAAUCUUCUCCAUCCACGGCAACCACGACGACCCGUCCGGCGAAGGCCAUCUCGCCGCCUUGGAUUUGCUGCAGGUUUCGGGACUGCUGAACUACUACGGGCGGACUCCCGAGUCGGAUAACAUUCACAUCAAGCCGGUCUUGCUUCAAAAGGGGCGUACCAAACUAGCGCUCUACGGCAUGAGCAAUGUCCGCGACGAGCGAUUAUUCCGCACGUUUCGCGACGGCAAAGUCAAAUUCUACCAGCCGUCGAUCCAAAAGGAUGACUGGUUCAACUUGAUGUCUGUCCAUCAGAACCACCACGCAUACACUGAAACCGGUUACCUGCCCGAGAACUUUCUGCCUGAAUUCCUGGAUCUAGUUAUCUGGGGCCACGAACACGAAUGCCUCAUCAACCCCCGACUCAACCCCGAAACAAAAUUCCACGUCAUGCAACCCGGUUCGUCGGUCGCAACGUCUCUAGUCCCCGGCGAAGCGAUCGCAAAACAUGUGGCCAUCCUCAGCGUUACGGGACGAGAAUUCAAAUGCGAGCCUAUCCGUCUAAAAUCCGUGCGCCCAUUCGCCAUGAAAGAGAUCAUUCUCUCCCAAGAAAAGGGAGCGCAGAAGCUAGCCCGCAAAGAGAACAACCGCACAGAAGUGACACGAUUCUUGAUGGGAAUCGUGGAGGAGCUGAUCGAAGAAGCGAAAGCGGAAUGGCUAGAAACGCAAGAGGGCACCGAAGCAGACGAGGAAGAAGAGGUCCCGCUACCGCUUGUGCGAUUGCGUGUCGAGAUCUCCACACCCGAGGGUGGUAGCUUCGACUGCGAGAACCCGCAGCGAUUUUCCAACCGGUUCGUCGGCAAAGUUGCCAAUGUCAACGACGUGGUCCAGUUCUACCGCAAGAAGAAAAACACCACCACUCGCAAGAAGGACGAUGAUGUCGACGAAGCCGCGGUUUCACACCUCGCCACCCUGGACACCGUGAAGGUCGAACAACUAGUACGCGACUUCCUCUCGGCGCAGUCUCUAAGCAUUCUCCCGCAAAAUUCCUUCGGGGACGCGGUGGCCCAGUUCAUCGACAAGGACGACAAACAUGCUAUGGAAAUGUUCGUCAACGAGUCGCUCGACAGCCAGAUGAAACAUCUCAUGUCUCUGGACCGCGACUACGAGGAUAAGGACGAAGAGGUCGUGGAGAGCUCGCUCUCAAAAGCCAUGGACAAAUACCGUACUCAAAUGGAAGACAUGUUCUCACGGGGUGUCAAGAAACGCACGCGCGGGAAGAAGCGCUUCAAGCCUAAACCCGAGAACUGGGACAGCGAUCUAGACGGCCCCUGGGAAGACGAACCGGGUGCGCUCAUUCACUCCGACAACGAAGGUGGAGACCCCAACGCGGAGGAAGCAGGGGCAGACGGCACCGCCGAACCACCUAGCGGCCGAACAUCGACACGAGGUCGAGGUCGUGGUCGCGGUGGAAGGGCCGCAGCAACAACCACCAGUACUCGCAAAGCCGCCACGAGUACCAAGACCGCGGCAGCAUCCACGAAGAAAGCGGCACCCGCCAAAACCACCAAAUCUCGAGGCCGACGAGCCAUCUCAGACGACGAAGGCGAAGAGGACGAUGUGAUCAUGCUAGACGAUGACGAUGACGACGAUACAGGUGCAGCACAGGCCCUGUCUGACGUCGAAGAAGACGACAAUGACUCGCAGUCCUUGUUCGUGAAACAGCCACCCACCAAGGCUCGAUCCAAGGCAUCUGCCGCGCCGGCAAAACCAACCACCAGCCAACGUCGUGGCCGCGCUGCGCCCUCCCCUGCCCCAUCCUCGAACACAUUAGGAGGCACCGCGCCCGCGCCCCGCCGAGCUGCUGCGUCCGCACGAGGCCGGCAAACUCAGACGACACUGAGUUUCACCGGCUCACAAGCCAGUGCAGCUAGUCCGUCGAAACGGCCAACCCGCGCAACUCGACAGCGAGAUGUCAGCGUGGUGAGUGAGGAUAUUGAUGACGACAGCGACGAUGCUUUUGAACCUAUGCCUAGCUCGAGUAGACGUAGGUAG